AUGGAGUCUCGAGCCAACGAGCGGCAAAGUACGCACGAAUACAUGAGUCCUGAAGUGAGCCGGCGACAUGGGGACAGACAGCUCAGCAGUUUUGAUGACGGUGCUGCUGAACGGUCGAAUGGGGAGGACACUCAGCAGCAUCGGCGGUAUGAGAACGAAAGAAACGAUCCCGCGGUAGCAGAACAGCGAUGCGACUGUUGUCCCGACGCUGACCAUCCUCUGGACGAGUCCAACAAUUGGCCAUGUUACCUACAGUACUGCACACGGGAUCCAGAUGCCCGUCCUAUUCUACCCCUACACGACGCUCUGGACGAUGCAAUCACGAAAGCAGACAGCGACGUGCAUCAACUGGUCACUGCAUUCAACGACCAGCGACGGUCACUGGAGCUCGCCAACAGCACGACCGCCAGUGUCGACGACAUGAACUCUGUCCUCGCUCGUGUGUCAGCGUCCAUGACAGAAAUGCGGCAUCGGAUGAACGAGUUGAUGGCCGUCGCCAACGCUGAGGCUGCGGCUGCUGUCGGAGAUGGACCUCCCCCAGAUACAGAAGGACUCUACACGAUGAAUAGCAGUAUUCACAAUGCGACGAAGCUGCCAAGACAACAUCGUGUGAGGCAAUGGUUCGAUGAUGUGAGGUUCUGGGUUCAAGGCGUCGGAUGGAGUCGUGAGAGCACCAGGACAGUCGACGACCUGCCCUAUCACAAACGCAUGGGGGGCAAGAGGCGACAGAGCCAGAACGUCAACGCUGUGGACCAGCUGGCCAUGGCGAUCAAGUAUGACAAGGCCGGUGAAUUUGAAGUCGACAGAACCUCCGGGGACACGCCUGGAGAUUCCGAACGGAGCACUGGUGGAGCCGUGCAGGACCAAAAUCAGUCUCCGCUAUCUCAGCACUCCUCAAUUUCCGAACAUGAUGCUGCAGAUGGCGCUGAGGACAUCUCAACCUUCCACCAGGCCUUGCAAGCGCUUCCAGGGGAUGGAGAGGACCUCCGACCGAGAGGGACUUCUCCAGGCGGAAGUCAAACUUCCAUUCGCACGAACGCCAGCUCCAGUGUGGGAGGGCGUAACGACUAG